CGAGCGCAUCGAUCGUCGCCAUCGCGCUGGUUCGGGCAGUCGCGAAUUGUCUGCCAUCGCGGGGACGUCGGUGUGCGUGUGAGAUUAAAAUUAAAGUGCGAAUUUAUUAAUCGUGAUUGCGCAGCACGUUAUUCCUUCGUGUAAAGCUCGACGAGACUUCCGAGAGUCUCGUGCGUUGUGAAUCGAGCCCGCGACGCGAGUCGACCGCGGCUGCAGGGAUUCGACGAGGACAGCGAAGAACGGGCGCAGCCGAAGAUGUGCGGCGGCUUUACGUGCUCCAAAAAUGCGCUGACAGCACUCAACAUUCUCUACAUCGUUGUUGCCUUUAUAUUAAUAGGAGUUGCCGUAUAUGGGAGGGCAUCCGCCUUAGUUACAAACCUUCCUAUUAUUGGUGGCAUUUUAGCAUGCGGAGUGAUCCUGUUUCUUAUUUCCAUUUUGGGCCUGAUUGGUGCUGUUAAACACCAUCAGGUUUUAUUGUUCUUUUACAUGCUUAUAUUAUUCCUUUUGUUCCUGAUUCAAUUCAGCAUCGCCUGCGCUUGCCUCGCUGUCAACACUAAACAGCAAGAACAACUUGCUGAACAGGGCUGGACACAUGUUGAAUCUGAUUUAAAGGAAAAAGUUCAAACCACUUUUAAUUGUUGCGGAUUUAAUGGUACCAGUGAAGAUUCAACUAUAUCUUGUGAUGAUGUCAAUAAGGUUUGCUGUCAAUCAAUUGAUACCAAUUUAAUGCCUUGUCCACCUUGUCCAACAUGUAUGCACAAACUGCAAUCUACCAUUGACUAUGCAUUUAAAUUGUGCGGUAGCAUAGGAUUAUUCUUUAGUUUUACGGAGUUUGUUGGUGUAUGGUUGACCGUGAGGUACAGGAACCAGAAAGAUCCACGAGCUAAUCCUAGUGCUUUCCUCUAGUCUAACACCAUCGCCAUGUCCUCUGUCACUUCAUAUGAUCCUCCUAACAGAUGGUGAUUGCAGCUUUCUUGGCAAGACGUUAUCGUAAUCAAUUAGAUCCACAGGAAAAAGCUGCAAGAGCUAUUUUUCCGCGACAUGAUUAUUUAUAUUGAUUCGACGAUACAUUUGAAAAAAAUUAAUAAUCAUUCUUUAAUCUUCCUUUUUAUUCAUAUUAUUUCACAUUACUUUUGUCGAGUAUAAAGAGGACAAAAAAAAUUAAAAAUUAAUUUCAUUUUUGAUUGCCCGUUUAUAUGUUACACAACAUAUUUUUCAAGGGCUAAAAUUUAAAUUUUAUUUUUUAAUACUAAAAUAACUAUAUAGACAUGUAUAAUGCUCAACAGAAAUAAUAGCUGGUUUUUUAACUGGGCAAUCAUAGAUUUUAGAAUGAGUUAGACGAAUAAUAACAAAAAUGUGUGCUCUAGUCAUACUGAUUGUUAGAACAUUCAUAACAAGCCUCAAUGCGCCUUGUAGUCUACAGAUGGAAAACAUUAUGUAAGUAUAUUUCUAUUAAAUUUUGUUGCAUUGUGUUUUCAACAACAGAUAAAAUGGAAGUCGGUAAUGAAAAUCUAGCAUACUAUCUCGUAAUUAUGCUGUUCGUAAGUAUGCUAGUUCAAAAUAAAUCGGAUAUAUCAUAAUAUAUUUAAAAUUAUCCUAAAAAUAUACGGAUUGAGAAAAAUGCUAUAAGGAGAUAUGCAAAUUAAUUUUUUUUAUAUUUUUUUAUGGAAGAGUAUAGGUAAUCAUGGUAACAGCAUAGAUGAUAUAACAUCCAUGAUCGUAUCAUAAUCAUAUUUUUCUCUCCUAUACAUAUAUAUGUAUAUGAAAAUAACAUCAUAUAUUACAUAUUAUAUACGUAAUUAUUCAAUAACAUUUAGAAAU